AUGCCGUUGGCAGCGUCGCAGGCGGCAGAGGCGGCGACGGCGGAGGCGUCGGAGGCCGCGUACGUGGCGACGGCAGCCGUCAUGCCGCUGGCUCAGAAAACAAGCACCGUAUAUGCGCAUGCUCUGCCACGUCGCCUUCCAUUCCACGGCGGGCCACCCAUGGACGAAGCGUUCUUCCGCACGCGGAUCAGCGGCACGCACAACCCUGGCACUGGCCGGGACCUGUUCCCGGACUGCACCGAGGAGCAGCGCGCGGCGUUUCUUGACGAAAAGGAAGAUCUCUUUAGAAGACUGGCAGCGGAUCACACCAAGCCAGUGGAGGGGUUGGACCGGCUGUGUGCGUGUGGAUACAGGCAGCAGGGCUGCGCACGGCCGCAGUCACAAACGCACCACGGGAGAAUGCGGAGCAGGUGCUGGCAGCGCUGGGCCUCACCUCCUUCUUUGAGCACCUUAUUAUCGGAUCCGAGUGUGCCCGCGCCAAGCCCUUCCCCGACCCGUACCAGCAGGCCAUGCAGCGGUUCGGCGUGCGGCCGGACAAAUGCUUUGCGUGUGAGACCCUUUCCCCCUUGGGAGCACAGGGCCCUGAGUGGCGGUGUAAUUGGCGCCAUACCCACUGCGCUCUCUGCUCUCACUCGCCUUCGUUACCUGGACUUGAGCAACAACCUCCUCACUGGCUCCGUUCCCGAUGCUCUCAGCACCCUUACCAGACUCGCCUACCUGUACAUGGAGCACAACUCUUUAUCUGGCACCUUCCCGUCAAGCCUGUGCAACCUCCCUCUCCUCGAAACCCUGUGGCUGCACCACAACACGUUUGACGGCGCUCUCCCUGACGCCAUCUCUGGCCUCUCACGAAUGAGAAGCCUCUAUCUGGGCAACAACCAGUUGUUAGGACCAUUGCCUUCCACUAUCAGCGGCCUUAAGAACCUGCAGCUAUUGUACAUGCCAUCGAACCAGCUCACCGGUCCGCUUCCAAGCACCAUUGGCAAGCUUUCUUCUCUCGAGCUCAUGCAUCUGAGUCACAACCAGAUAGACGGCGCCAUCCCCAGCACCAUCAGCGCCCUCACCAACCUCUGCCCGAUCAUUCUCAACGCCAAUGCCCUCAACCAGCCGCUACCAAACGCGUUCAAGAAGCUCACCUACUUGAACACCCUGGACCUGCGCUGGAACGAUCUCACAGGAACGCUGCCUGCCACUCUGGGAAACAUGACUAACCUUCAGAUCCUCUAUGUAGACACUGCAGAGCUGACGUGUGGGGAUGGGGGCAGCUGCGUGGUGCAUCAGGUCUCGUGGUCCGCCUUCUGCCACCUCUGCCCCGGCUUCUGCUCCUCUUGCACCGAACCCCCUCUCAGUCAGUUGCUCCUCUCCUUAACCCAUGCAUUCAUGCCUCCAAUCCUCCUCCAUUCAGUUGCCCGUCCGUCCGUCCCCUCACUUUCUUCCCCCCCUCCCCCUCGCCUCACGGUACUUGUCCUCUCUCCAACGUCCGCCCUCUUCUUCCCCUCGUCCCCCUUCCCUCCUCCGCUCCAUCCAGUCCACAAGCCGGACAAGCCAUGCAAGAAGAGGAGAAGGGCCUGUCCGCGCAAUGCAUGCCUCAAGGGCAAGCGCUGCAUGCCCUUUGUCCGCAGCUGCAAGGGCUACAAGUGUUUCUGA